CCUCAGGUGCUUCCCUACAUGUGUUUCUACUGUGUGGCUGUUAAUGAGUGUUUGUUGCGUGUGUGUGUGUGUGUGUGUGUGUGUGUGUGUGUUCGGUUUAAAACCGUCGUCCGAUCCCUCCGUCAGAGCAGUCUGUCAGGAGGGCCACAGGGACAGGGUGCAGAGGAACCUCUUUCACAACCCCGCACAAAAACACACUCACACAAAAUUAGUGUUUGAGUCCAGGUGGGCCGAGUCAUCAUUUGAGUCCACAUCUGGAUCUACAGACAGACAGGCUGAUAAGAUAACCACAGGUAAGAGACUUAAUGUUUACUUUACGUACUUUCCAGGGAUCCAAGUUCAGGCUGGAGUCAAGUUUGAGCCCUGAACAACAUCUGGUUUUGUCUUUUUUAUGACGAGCCAGCAGCUAAGUGGCAACAUGUUUGUUUAGGUCACAGCCCUCCAGGUGUAAACAUGCACAUCUUAAGAAGUGAAAUGUAACACCUUAAAAGCAGUUUGUCUUCAAAAGGGAGAAUUCCGGCUGCUUACAAAUCAUCUUUGUGGGCUUUUUUUCUGAGUUCUGCAACUAAAUCUGCAGCUGUACAGAAAAAAACUUGAAAUUUAACCUUAUUAUUUUAGCAAUACCCCCCCUCGAAUUUGGAGCAACAAAAAAUGUGACUUUACGCUCACAUUAAAAAUGUAUCUGGAGAUUAAAACGAGGAGUUUUAAGGUGUAAAAGUGAUGGUGUUGAAUGUUUUAAUGGAGGACAGCCUGACUUUGAACGUGUGUCUGUGUUUAGCAGGAGAGAGGAGGAGGUGAAGUCAUGGCUGGAAGGAGGAAAACCAGUUUCUCUGGUGUGAUGGUCGCCACUCUGCUGGCCCUGAUGCUGCUGCCUGCAUUUUUGUCUGCUGGACCAGUUGUGAAGAAGCAGAAGGGAGAUGCAGGAGAGAAUAUUCAGGAGAGCUCAGCUGCUGCAGAGUUACACAGGAGGCUGAGCCGCAACCGCAGGAACAUCAGCUGGUACAAACAGCACUCCGACUUCUGGGGAUGGUACAAGUUCUUCACUGAAAAUGGAAAUACGGAGGCAGUUCAGGAGAUGGACCGCAUCUACUUGGCUUACCUCCAGAACAAGAAUCGCGCUGAGGGACGUCGCUCCUACAAAGCCUACCUGCGCCAUCUGGGGGAGGUAUACAAGUCCUGCUCUGAUUCCGAUGACCCCAACUGUGUGGCUUCCUACACCAGCAGGCCCAAACCGAAACCCGAACCCCCCAAGCCUGCACCAGUAAAAACCUGUGAUCCCACCAAGGACCCCUACUGUCUGUAUGCUGCUUUGGUCCAGGGCAAGAGCCCCUACCUGCCCCUGGUGAUCCCAGAUGCCGCCCCAGCACCAGUGAAGGCCCCUGCACCUCUCUACGUCAGGUCUGCUGCUCAAGCCAAGGACCCACAGUCAGGGUUUCACUACUACUCUCCAUCCGCAGUGCCUUUCCUUUCCAAGGAGCAGAAGGCUGAACUCCUGCGUAUCUGUUCCUCUGAAGACGUGGAGUGUCUGCAGUACCACCUGAGAGCGGCCCAAGGUUAUGCACCCUCUGCUGGACCUCCGCCCUCCUACGCUCACCUUGGCUGCGACCCUAGCAAAGACCCUAAAUGCAAAGCCAAGCUGGUGCAGAAAGCCCCCUCUGGUCUCUACCUGCAGUACCCCAACUGUGAUCCAGUCCGCGACCCGCUCUGCGCCUACUCUGCCUCCCUUGCACCGCGGGCCCCUAACCCCCCUGCCCCUGCUGGUCCUGGAUCCUGCAACCCUCUUUUCGAGGAAGGCUGCAACCUUACAGCCACCAGAUUUGCCACUCCACCUGAGUCAUACAAAUCUGACAAGAGAGAGGAGGCUGCUGCCAUUCGUGCUGCCCCGUCUCCUGCAGAGCAGAACCACGACCCGUAUGCUAUGUUUAGGGACGCUUAUGCUAAUGCUAACAGAGUUUCAGAUCCUUAUGCUAUGUAUCGCCAACCUAGCGCCCCAGCUUCUCCUCCAGCAAACGACCCAUAUGCACUUCUGCGCCGAUUCAUGGCCCAAGCUCAAGCAAGCGACCCAUAUGCUCCCCGGAUGGAGGCUGCUCCCCAAAUGGAGGCCGCUCCGGAGUCCAACCCCAAUGAUCCUUUCGCUGCGAUCCGUGAGGCCGCGGCCGCCAUGCAUCGCCGUGGUCAUCCCACCCCCAGGCAGCAGUAUCCUUUUUCCAAUCCCAAUUAUGAAGAGCCCACCCGGGAGGAGCGCCACCCUCUGGGCCCCCCAGGUAAGACCAAGGAGGGCUACGACUGCUUCAUCGGCUACGAUCGCGAUUGCUUUCCCGCGAAGCCCAGCAAUCCUCGCUCCGGGGUUCAUCGCCAAAUCGCAUUUUCCGCUGAAGCCUACGAACCCCACCUGAAUGCCGACGGCUCCCGAAGCGGCGUCCUGGAGCCAACCAACCCACACUGUGACCCUGAACACGACCCUGACUGCCGCCUGCGUCGCGUCGAGCCGGAGCAGUCGCAUGCCGUCGCCCAGCCCGAGCAUUACGCUGAGGAGGACCAACACCAGGGGGCAGCAGAGCAGCAACACGAGCAGCAGGAACAGGACCCAUAUGAGGCCGAGCCCUUCCAGAGCGGCCAGGAGGAACCUCACAUGUCCUACCAGCCCCUCUCACAGGGUAUGAGCCUCCAGGACAUAUUGAGGCGCUACGGAGACCAGUUCCCAGAGCAGGAGGAUCACAGAGGCUACGCAGACGACUACCGCAACAAAUAGACGUGCUAACAUACACAUGCAUGCAAAUGGACAUGACUACACAGUCCCGUGCGUUCUUGUAGCUUAGCCCUUGAUCGCGACAAGCAGUAGGUCCUACCUGGACCUGAUAUGGGACACUAAGAGAAGCCUAUGGACCCAAUGAGCAAGUACAUGCAUGUACAUCCACACAUAGCUUCCAGCUGUCGGAGCAUGCGCAAAAAGCAGAGUGUGUUCCCGCAAUGUUUUCAUCUUUUUUAUAGUUGCUUUAGACCUGUUGCUUUUCCAGUUUCAACCUCACCUUUCUAAAAACCACUCUAAUGCGUUCUGACUUUUUUAAAUGCCCAGCUUGCUUCUGUAUCUAUGCAGCUCACAUUUUUUUAAU